CAAGCGGGUAAACCCAUAGCGGUGGAACCACAACAAAAGUCACCCACCGCCGCAAGCACUACUACCGGCGCAAACCCGAACUUUUUUUGUUAUCCCCAGUGCAAAAGACGAAGCAGCGUCGUGUGCGUUUGUAAGGGGGGAGGGGAGAGAGAGGGGAAGUUUUACGCCAUAGAGUCGUCGAAGCCUAGAGCGCCCAACAGGGAUUCGUGACAGGAGCCUUAAGGGUGGAUGUGGAGUUCAGCAUCGAGACAUCGCCUAGAGCGCCCAACAGAGACUCGCGACCAAUGGCAGCUUUCGCCCGUUGGUUAAGUCUUUCAACCGGAAGUGUGAGCCGCCGACCCCUCCCCUCUCCCUAGGCGCGUGAACCUGGAUGAACUCUCAGCCGAGGGUGCCUGAGGGGAGGAGGAAGGCGGAAGAAAGGGAUGGCCGGGGCCGUGUGCGCCUGCGCGGGAGCGGUGCAUGCUGGGCGCGGCCGGCCAGCCUCUCGCCCCGCCCCGCCCGCGCUCCUUUUCUUCCCGCGGUGACUUUGCACUUACCGGGCGUGUUGCUGCCGCCGCCGCCGCCGCCAGGAUGGUCGGGGUGAAGGUGAUCGCCAACGACGCGGACUUCCAGAGCGAGCUCAGCGCCGCCGGCUCCCGGCUAGUCGUGGCCAAGUUCACCAUGAGGGGAUGUGGCCCAUGUUUAAGGAUAGCCCCUGCUUUCAACGCUCUGAGCAAUAAAUAUCCCCAAGCGACAUUUUUAGAAGUGGAUGUGCAUCAAUGCCAGGGAACAGCUGCAACCAAUAAUAUAUCGGCAACCCCAACGUUUCUUUUCUUCCGGAGCAAAGUGCGCAUCGACCAGUAUCAAGGUGCCGACGCUGCUGGAUUGGAAGAGAAAAUCAAACAGCACCUAGAAAACGAUCCUGGAAAUAAUGAGGAUACCGAUAUUCCAAAAGGAUAUAUGGAUUUGAUGCCAUUCGUUAAUAAAGCUGGCUGUGAAUGCCUUAAUGAAAGUGAUGAACACGGGUUUGAUAACUGUUUACGUAAAGACUCUACCUUCCUGGAAUCAGACUGUGACGAACAGCUGCUUAUUACGGUAGCUUUUAAUCAGCCUGUCAAGCUUUAUUCUAUGAAGUUUCAAGGGCCUGAUAAUGGUCAAGGUCCAAAGUAUAUAAAAGUAUUUAUCAACCUCCCUCGAUCAAUGGAUUUUGAAGAGGCAGAAAGAAGCGAACCCACUCAGGCCCUGGAGUUAACGCCAGAUGAUAUCAAAGAAGACAGUAUUAUCCAACUCCGCUAUGUAAAGUUUCAGAACGUUAACAGUGUAACUUUAUUUGUCCAGUCCAAUCAAGGUAAUGAAGAGACGACGAGAAUUUCAUAUUUCACAUUUAUCGGAACACCAGUCCAAGCAACAAACAUGAAUGAUUUUAAGCGGCAUUUCCCUGGCCCAAAGAAAUAAAAAUGCAGAAGAUUUCUGUUUCUUAAAUGGUCUUUCCUCACACCGCCCCUUUUUCCCUGCUCCUUCCGCUCAUCUAGCAUCUGCCUUCUCCUUUCCAUCGCUUGGGGCACCAUCACAUCCUGCUCUGCGACGGUUUUCCUGGGUCUCUUUGCUUUUUUUAUCCCUCUUUCUCAUGGACUUCUCUUUGUUUUUAAUAUACCAAUUUUUAAAUAUAUAUAAAAAAAUCUUCUUUUGCACACUGUUUUUGUCCCACCCACCCCAAAAAACCAUCUCAUUCUGUUAUUAGAUGCUUCAGAAAUUCACCUGACACCUCAUUAUUUGCACCUAUGCAUCUGUGCAUUCUGUAUUCACUGUGAGUAACGGGGUUCGAAGAGGUCUGCUGUGUUCUCAACUGCAACUCUGGUCUGGGUGACCUGUGGCUAAAGUUUUCCCGAUAGGGAUUUUUUUCCAGCUCCUGCACUUGCCUUGAAGACUCUUCAACACAAUGAGGGUUUUCUGUCUCUCAAGGUUGAGCUGCCCUCUGUUAUGUUGUAUGAAGCUGCCUCAAACAGAAUCAGCAUGGGGCCUUCUUAGGCCAGUGUUGGUUGUCCCUUCUUGCACCAGCUCUCCGAGAUAAUCGUCCAGAGAAGAUCCAGGCACUGAAACGGCGAUCUACAUCUUAACCGUGUGCUCUGUCACUUGUGUCAUGGGCCCCCUACAAGGCAACCUGUGCCCUACAUCCCUGUAAUCUGGACCCAUGGUUCAAUCUGCUGAGAGCCAGUUUUGCAUCCGUGUGUUUUGAAAUACGAUGCAGCAGCUGGUGUGAAAACUGAACAGGAUGGUCCAUCUUAGGGUUCACAGUGCCACUUCAAAAAAUGAUGGAGCAAUUUAGAUCUUAUCUGUGGUGGACACAUUCAAGUGAAGUAAUGAAAAAUGAGGUGGUAUCUCGGCUAGAGUACAGCAGUGGUGAAUGCUGCCUUAUCAAUGUUGCCUUCUUAAUCUAAUGAGGAAGAGUGAGCCCAUUUCCUUGUUGAAAGAAUCCUGCAUUGUACAUCCCCGUAUUCUUCUGCCAUUCGUCAUCUGGAAGUGCAUUGUGCUCUGCAUAUGAGGACAGUAUAUGGCUAAAAGAUGUAUUGUAGCAAAAUUGGGCAGGGUUAUAGGGCAUAGGGCAUAAAUCUACCCACUUUUGAGUGUACAGCCAGUGUACAAGUUAAUCCUUAACCGAAUAAAGCAGUCAAGGGACCUCAAGUCACCCACCUGAGUGAAAUCUGCCCCUUAUGGAGAAUGAAUUUUUAUGUGAAGUGCACAGAUAAUAAGAAGCAAAAAGUGUGCCAGGAAUAAUGAAAUAUUUCAAGAGGCAUUGCUCUGUUGUGUUUGAAUUAUCUUAUUAGUCUCAUGGUUGGAAAUCGUUGGUGUAAAGUUGGGGGUUAUAAAUAAGCUAACGAAACGUCAAUAUCAAAAAUAUUUAAUUUUUCAGGUAAUACACAUGGGGCACUUGAGCAUUUGAGCAUUUCCCCCUCUGAAUGGUAUAGAUGCAUACAAUUAUUAUUUUUUAAUGGUUGCUCCACCUCUGCUAACAUUAUAAUUGCCUAAUUUCUGGGUGUACCUGCUUAAUCCAAACCUGUAGCGCAAUGCUUUAAGCGCUACCGAAGAAUAAACAUUUCUCUCUCGCCUUUCUUGGAUUUAGUUUGCCUGUUUAUAACAUGCUUAAUUAAAUCUUAAUUUGGUUG